AUGCGGCACCACAUUUGGGCACUCGCUCUGGCGAUCCUCUUGGCGGCGGGGGAGGCCAAGCCGUCGGCACACUUUGAUCAGCACUUCAAUCCACACUUCAAUCAGCACUUCAAUCACUUCGAUCCGCACCAUUUCGAGCACUUGGAGCCGCUGCACGCACCACUGCAGGCUCCGCUGGCGGAGCAUUUGGAUUACGCGGCGCCAUUCCUGCCAGCGCCUGCUCCACCACCAGCCUUUGCCCCAGCACCACCCGUAUACGCACCGGCACCACCCGUUUAUGGACCGGCACCAGCUCUUGUGGCUCCUCCGCCGCCGCAAUUCAUUCCUGCACCACCGGUAUACGCACCCGCACCACCAGUAUUCGCACCCGCACCACUUCUGCCCGCUCCAGCUCCACUGCUGCCCGCUCCAGCUCCCCUUCUGCCCGCUCCAGCUCCCCUUCCCCAUCAUCUUCUGCCAGCUGCCACGCCCUUCCUCCCACCCGCUGAGCUGACGAUAACCCACCAGGUGCUGCCACCCGUCCUGGAGGCCGCGCCCUUUGCGACGCCCACCUACCGGGCGAUUCCCGGGCCAAAGACCACCACCCACCAUGUGUCCAUCGGCUACGCCUUCCCCAAGCUGCUCGCCCACGCACACGCCCACCCCCACCCCCAGCACGCCCACCUGCGUGGCCUGCCCCUCACGAAGCUGAUCCACAAGCAUCACCAUUCCCUGUUCUAG